CGGGACAGGAGUUGAGGACUUGGGCUCCGGAGUCAGACAAGUGCAGGUGCAGGUCCGGCCCUGACGCGGUCAGAGCCUGCUCACUAAUCUACGACGUGGGGUAAUAGGUUAAUAAUAGUGCCCACCUCAUGGCGUUGCCGUGGAGUGUAGGAGAGGUCCUGUGCGUGAAGCUGCUGGCACACGGUCAGCUCUCGGUGAAGUGGCUGUCACUCUAAAGAGGACGUGGCCCGGCAGCCGGGUGGCGGAGACGGAGGCAGGGAACUUUGUAGAAGUUCUUGCACGGCCUUUCCAAGCACUUCGAAGAGUCCACUCUCCUGCCCGGGGACUCGAUUUCCUCUUCUGCUGAAGAGAACAUGUGGGCCAGGGGCCAUCCACGUGCAGGCCCGGCUGGGGUAUGAAGCGGCCACUGAGCCCAUCUCCUCCUGCUGAGAAGGAGCCCCCCAUACCUGGAGCUGCUGAGUGCCCUCCCCCGCCCCCGGAGCCACCCAAGCCCAAGCGUGAGAGAAAACGGCCAUCGUACACGCUGUGUGACGUCUGCAACAUCCAGCUGAACUCGGCAGCCCAGGCCCAGGUGCACUGCGAGGGGCGGGCCCACCAGAGGCGGCUGCGGCAGCUCAGCCUGGGCAAGGCCCCCGCAGGGCCAGCAGGCCCAGCAUCCAGCGCCCCCAGCCCUCUGCUGGCCUCCCUGCCCCUGCCUGCCAGGCCUCUGCAGCCCCCGCUGGACUUCAAGCACUUGCUGGCCUUCCACUUCAAUGGUGCCGCCCCGCUCAGCCUCUUCCCCAACUUCAGCACGAUGGACCCCGUCCAGAAAGCCGUCAUCAACCACACCUUCGGGGUCCCCACCCCCCUAAAGAAGAAGCUCUUCAUUUCCUGUAACAUCUGUCACCUGAGGUUCAACUCCGCGAACCAGGCCGAAGCGCAUUAUAAAGGCCACAAACAUGCCAGAAAACUCAAAGCCAUUGAAGCCGCCAAGAGCAAGCAGAGGCCCCAAUCCCUGGCCCAGGAUGGGACGCAGGUGUCCCCAACCCUAUCUGUAGCCAGCGGAGCCCCCAGAGAGCCACAGAGCAAAGCAGCUCCCGAAGACCCCCCGCCUGGCCCCCCACUCCAGCCACCACUGACCCCGGACCCGACACCCCGGGAGCCAGCCCACUCAGAACUCUUGGAUGCUGCCUCCUCUUCCUCUCCUUCCUCCUGCCCACCCUGCUCCCCAGAGCCUGGGAGAGAGGCCCCGGGGCCGGAGCCGGCGGCAGCCGCUGCGGGGAGCGGUGUGAGUGGGGAGAGCGGGAGCGAGAAGGGGCGCCUCUACUGCCCCACGUGCAAGGUGACCGUGAACUCCGCCUCUCAGCUUCAGGCUCACAACACAGGAGCCAAGCACCGGUGGAUGGUGGAAGGCCAGCGAGGGGCGCCCCGAAGGGGCCGGGGCCGCCCAGUGCCCCGGGGAGGAGCUGGACACAAGGCCAAGAGAGUGACGGGGGCCCGAGGGGGCAGGCAGGGGCCCAGCCCCCCCUUUCACUGCGCCGUCUGCCAGCUCCAGGUCAAUUCAGAGACGCAGCUCAAGCAGCACCUGAGCAGCAGGAGGCACAAAGACCGCCUGGCCGGGAAGCCCCCCAAGCCCUCCAGCCAGCACAGCAAGCUGCAGAAGCACGCAGCGCUGGCUGUGGGUAUCCUCAAGUCUAAGCUGGCCUUGCAGAAGCAGCUCACCAAGACGCUGGCAGCCCGCUUCCUGCCCAGCCCGAUCCCCGCCACAGCCGCAGCCAUCUGUGCCCUGCCAGGCCCCCUGGCCCUCCGGCCUGCCCCCACAGCGGCCGCCACCCUCUUCCCGGCUCCCAUCCUGGGCCCAGCUCUGUUCCGCACCCCAGCAGGGGCGGUCCGCCCUGCCACGGGACCCAUCCUCUUCGCCCCCUAUUAGCCUCCUAGGGAGGCCAGGGCCGGCAUCCCGGCGGUCACUCUCCCCAACAUGCCUCAGUUCCUCCAUCCUCCGGGGAACUUUUGACUGCCUAGGGGCUCCUGACCAAUCGAGGUAGAGCUGGGCUAGUUCCCAGGGCAGCUGCCCCUCAUUCCAUCUGGACUGGGGAUUCAACUAAUAACCCCCGGCCCAAGGGCCACCCCACGGGCCACCCCACUCUCAUCUCUCUAGCCUUCUCCGGCUAGUCCUGGGCUCCCACGCAUCUCCCAGACUGACUUUCAGGGAGCAGACAGAGAAACCCCAAAGGUCUAUGCAAAAUCCUAGCCCCAGCCCCGCGGUGCUCUCAUUCCCCCACUCCAGACCCACACCCACCCGGCCAAAGGCCCUGGAAACCUCAGCCUCUGGCCUGGGGACAAGUCUGUGCCGGACCCCCACUCCCACGCGCUGGGGAGGCCCUGCCCACGCACCGGAUGCUCUGGAGAAGGGCUGCAGCUGGUUCACCCAGGACGCGAUGACCCUGGGGGCGUGGCAAAGGCUGGGGGGGCAAGGGAGCAGCGCUGAGGUGGGGUACCGCCCUGGCAGGGGUGGUGCUGAAAGCUGUCAGGGGUCUUCAUCCGCUUGAAAGGGAGGGGGCCAGGCCAGGGGCGAUGAGGAUGAUGUUCUGCCUGGGCCCGGUUCUAACAGAGAAAGUGAUCGACCCGCUCUUGGCCUUUUACCGAUUUCUCCUGAACCCCAGCCCUGGGGCGGGAAGCACUGGGUCCUCCUCAGACUACGGACCCAGCGAACACCGAGUCCCCCAGGCGUCCUGGACAAAGAGCUUUCCUCUCCAGCUCUUUACCCCAAGCUGGUCCCCAGCACUAGACCUGGCCUUCCCUCCUC